AUGGUGGGCGGACGGAGUGGCGGAAUGGCGGGGGGAGGCAGUGCUAGCGGAGGAUAUGGCGGAAGGCAAGGGGGAUUCCCCGCGCCUGCGCUGCCUGGCGGAGAAUUCGGGACUCCAGGCCUGGGGGGCGGAAGAAUCAGGGGGCAUGCAGCAACAGGGGGAGGCGGAGGAUACGCCGCGGACAGCGCAACGAUGAUAGGCGCGGGGAUGGCGGGGGGAAGGCUGGAAAGCUUGCUGGCGGGGGCGCUACUCGGGGGAGGGGCUUUUCAGGCGCUAACAGGGGGGGGUGCUUUCCAGGCGCCAGCAGGAGGGGGUGCUUUUCAGCGGCAUUCUGCAGCUCCCCCCCAGGUGUCACCUGCAGGGAGGGAGGGGGGAACUGGGGCAGGUGGUAACCUGACAUUACUAGAGCUGAUGAGAAUGUCAGGGCUCGCUAAUAGCCUCCCUCCCGACCGUACUGUAUCGAGCAGCACCGGGAGCGGAUACCACUCAGCUACCAUACCAACCAACUCUGACAUGAUUCACUCUGGUGCAGGGAAUCAGCCGCUGCCGUCUUUUUACGGGCAGCUGGGGCAGAUGCCAACGAAUCCCGAGCCCUGGAACCAGGAUCGCGGCGGGCAGCAAGCGACGAGAAGCUGGGGAGGGGCUAGGGGGUUGGGUUUAGAAGGAGUGACGGCAGGAGAGGGGUUGGGGUUAAGGGCAGGUGAGGGGCUGGGACUGACGGCGGGCGAGGGGUUGGGGGUUUUAGCGGGCUGCCACGACCUGUCUGCAGUUCUGGCUGCUGCUGCCGCCGCCGCUGCUGCCAGCAGCGCACAUGGCGCCGCUAGCAGCGCACAGGGUGGCGCUAGCAGCGCACAUGGCUGCUUCCCCAGGUCUGGGCUAGGAGGGGGAAGCACAGGGGGAGGGUACGUGAGCGGGGGUAUGGCGGGCGGGGGGUGUGUGAGCGGAGGUGUGGGGGAUGGGGGAGGAGGCGCGGGGAUGGCGGAAGGGGAGAGCGAUGGGGAGGGGUCGGGGGAGGAGGAGGAGGGCGGAGAUGGCGCUCCCCGCGCCAGCACGAACGCUAAAGGCCAGUGGACGCCGGAGGAGGACGAGAUUCUGAGGCGGCUGGUGGAGAGGGGAGGAGCGCAGUGCUGCCCUUCUUGCUUGCUACUGCAGCUCACAUGGAAGGAGGAGGACGAGAUUCUGCGGCGGCUGGUGGAGAGGGGGGGGGCGCGGCGGUGGUCCGCCAUAGCAGCGCACCUCAAGGGGCGCGCGGGGAAGCAGUGCCGCGAGCGCUGGCACAACCACCUCAAGCUGGGGAUCAAGAAGGACGCGUGGACGGAGGAGGAGGAGGAGACGCUGAUAGAGGCGCACAAGCGCGUGGGGAACAAGUGGGCGGAGAUUGCGAAGCUGCUGCCUGGGCGGACGGAUAACAACGUGAAGAAUCAUUGGAAUUCGACUGUGAGGCGGAAGGAGGACGUUGGACGGACUGGGGGGAAGGUUGGGGGGAAGCCUACCUUGUUGCUGAGGUAUAUACAGUCGUUGAAAGGGGGGAAGGAUGGGGGCGGGGGGAGGGGGGGGAAGGGCGCGAGGGGGAAGGAUGGGGGGCAGGAGAAGGAGGCGGCAGGGAAGGCGGAAGAGGGAGGGGAGGAGAAGGGUGGAGAGGGGGAGGAAGGAGAGGAGGGAAAGGGAGAUGGGGGGAAGGAAGGAGGGAAAGAGAAGGGAGGUGGGAGAGAGGGAGGAAGAACGGAAGAGGAAGAAGAGGGGGGAGAGAAGGGAGAGAAGGGAGAGAAGGAGAGAGUAAAGGGAGGAAAGGAUGAGCGCGAGAUAGAAGGCUUGCAAGGAGGGAGGGAAGGGAGGGAAGGGAUGGCAGAUGGUGGGAAUGGGGAUGGGGACGGGAAUGGUAUUAGGGAUGCAGGGCACAGGGAGAAAGAAGGAGAAGGGCCAGCUUUAAGAAGAGAGGAAGAGAAUGGUUUGGGGAAAGACAAAAGAGAGAAGACAGAAGAGACACGGGCAGGCGAGGAAAGGGGAAAAGAGCUACAGGCAAGGGAGGAGAGGGCAGGAGAGACGCGGAAAGACAAGGAGAGCAGAGAAGAGGAACGAGCAGGAGAGGAGACUGAAGAGAUGGAAGUUGGGGAGAAGGAAAGGAAGGAAGGGACGGAAUCAGGAGGAGGGUUGGGGGGCGGAGAAGGGAGAAAGGUGGAUGCAGAAGCAGCACAGGGGCCCAACAAUGGUAGAGAGGCAAGCAGUGACGCUGCGAAUGGAGCAAAUGAAGGGAAAGGAGAGGUGAGGCAGUCCCAUGUAAACGCAGAGGAGCAGAGGAGCGAAGUAAUGGGAGAGGAGCAGAUGCGUCUGACAGAAAAGGUGGGGCCUGACGCGGGCAGGCAGACGCGGGCAGGAAAGGAGGAAGAGAAGGAGCAACAGACGUCUGAGUUGCCUCAAAAGACAAGGGCAAGGAAGGAGGAGAAGCAGGGAAAGGAGGAGAAGGAGGAAGAGGAGGAGGAAUGGAAGGGAAAGGAGGGGAAGGAGAGGAAGGAAAGGCAGGAGAGGAGGAGGACGGGAGGAAGAGGAAGACCCACCACGUCACGUCCCCCAGCAGCAGCAGCCUUUCCAUUCGAGGCUCGUCAGCGACAGGGAGGGCAGCAGCACCAGCAGCAGGAAGCGCAGCAGCACACACACAAACAGCAGGGAGGGCAGCAGCACACACACAAACAGCAGGGAGGGCAGCAGCACACACACAAACAGCAGGAAGCCCAGCAGCACACACACAAACAGCAGGGAGGGCAGCAGCACACAUACAAACAGCAGGGAGGGCAGCAGCACACACACAAACAGCAGGAAGCCCAGCAGCACACACACAAACAGCAGGGAGGGCAGCAGCACACACACAAACAGCAGGGAGGGCAGCAGCACAAGCGGUUCAAGGAGAGACCGCCACACCUGCAGCAACAGCAGCAGCUUCCUCUCACUCUCUUUCCUCCAGCCAUCCGCGUUUUGAGACGACUCGACACUCGAUCAGUGCAGACACUGCCUCAGCAGCGUCGCCCUUACGCUCGCGUUCUUUCAGCAAUGCUCGCCUCUCCUCCUCCCAUGUCCCUUUUGAGUCAACUCAAAACGCAGAGACUGCUGCUGCAGCAGCGUCGUCCCUCCGCUCGCAUUCUUUCAGCAAUACUCGCCUCCCCUCCCAAGUGA